AUGUCGUACAGAACACAGACAUACGACACCCGACAGGGUCCUCCCAGAACCAAGGAUGUUACCGUGCCACGAGGCUCCAGAUUGCCCGCGGCUGGACAAGCUGGGAGUCUGUCAGAGCCCAGUUGGUCAGGGGCAGACGCAGGUUCUGGUUAUCGGUCCGAUGCUCUUACUAUGGAGCCAGCGAAAUCUUCAAGUGCAAAGCCUCGCCUGAAGCCGACGUCCAUCCCUAAAUCAACCACGAAAUCGCCGUCGUUGAGACCGACUGCGUCGUCAAAGGUUGCGGCUCCUCCAUCUUCCAUGAGCAAGUCGACUUGGGGACCGCCAUCGUUGUCGCAAGAGGUACCUUUGAUAAUGGACUCUGAUCGAAGAGAAGGUCGAAGAGGGGGUCGAACACACGAUAGACCUCCUCCAGUGCGAACCGCGAGACUGCGCGAGGCUUCCAGCAGAGCGCUGUCCUCCCUAGACACUGAGCGCGACGCAAUCUUUGGCAUAGUCAUGCCUAGGACCGCAUUGGCAGCUCGGCACGCAGACCUGCCGCCUCGACUGAUACCUGAGCUGCAAGCUCUGGCUGCAUCACCGGCACGGAACCAAGUACCAUUGAACAAUUCUACGAGCUCGAUAGAAAGUCCAUCCACGUGGCUGUCCAGUUCCAGAAGUCCUUGGAGUGAAUCAACAACAAUGACAACUCCAACGUCAUGGUCGUCAAGCUCCCCAAGCGUCAUACAGCACAUGCCAGUUAAAACGGUGGGCAAACGCCUACAUACUGUGCCUGUACGGCAAGCGAACCGUGGGAACAUCCCAGAAGUGCCAGCCCUUCCUGAGUCAUUCUCCGCAAGUGGGGCCAACUCUGCGCUCAGCUCGAAGGAAGUAAAGAGGAGUCCUAGCAGAAAGAGGACGCCGCUGAGCACACCUGCACCGACACCUCCUCCUAGAACCUCUUCUGCCAAGCAAUCACUGAGUAGGAGUAGCAGCAGGAGUCGUAUACCACAACAGCCUACACCACCAUCUUCCGAGCCCGAGGGCAGCCCGCUUCCCCGGCGUACGCAGAAAGAUAUGGACAAUAUCGCCGAUACUCUCCAUCAAGAUUCUGUUACCCGGGCACAUGGUGAGCUUCAGCAGUCGUUGGCCGCACAAUGGGUCAAGCAAGGUCAGCCAGUGACGGUGCCCUGGGCUGCAGAUCGCGAUCGAGCACGUCUGUGGCCUGAGCGGCCGGAAGACCAGGGGAUGGUUGAGCAUGUUCUUGGUGCUGACGAAAGGGAAGGAGACUUGGUCCCGUCUGGGCAUCAUCCGAUCACGCCUCCUGAGACGAUUCCAGCUGUACCGGAGUCGCCAAGUCGUCUUGGGAAGCUCUCUCGUCUGGCUAUAUUUGGUCGUCGAGGAAAGUCACCGGCGAAAGAAGUUGAAAGAAGUCCCCGCAAGCUGCAGCGCAGAGGUCCUACCACUGGAACAGGCCACGAAGGUUAUGGAAGAUACGGACGCCGUGGCCGGAAAGCGUCGCAGGAAACGGCUUCUGCAAACAACAGUGAAAGCGAGAGGUCCGUCAGCAGUACGAGGAGAAUACCUUUGUUCUCGUCCAAAGGCAGCGCCAGCCGCAGCAGCAGUCGACACCAUCGGAACAGUCAAUCUGAUCUGGACGAGUUUGUUUCAACCCGAAUGAAGCCUGUACCGAUUAUUGGAGGAUCUGGAAAUAGUUUAAGAAGUGAAUCUGACAGUCGCGUCGAUGUCUCCGACCGCACACUGCAGCCUCUGGAUUCUGAUCUUCAAGGGGCCACACCCUCACCAGAUGUACAAAUUCUCGAGGAUACUGCAGAUCUCCCCAACCGUGUCUACAAUCAAGAGCGACGGCCAAAUCUAGCCGUUCGCAGGUCCCAACGAUUUGGAAAAGAUUCAGAGACUUUCAACAUACCGACAUCUAUCCGGACGGAUCAGAUUUCUGUUCCACUAUAUGUCACUAGUCAAGACGAGGGACGUGCCUCUGCGGUUGCAAUAUCGACGUCGACUCCAAGUUCCACAACCGAGUUUAAUCGCGGUGAUGCUGGGUCCACUAAAACAAAGGAUAAGAGGACUCGGAGGUUGAGAUGGAACAUUUUCCGAAGGAAAGACACAGAUAUGGAGUCACAAAAGACGUACAUUCCACCUUCCACAUCGCCAGAGGAAAUGACUGUUACCAUUUCGACUAUCCCAGCACCUCGUUCCAUGCCGUACUAUGCUAUGAUGGAUUCUGAAAGUGAAGUGAACAACAAUGAGCACGUUGGAGAUUUCCUGGAGCAAGUCGUUGAUUCUCCAGCCAUCAGUCCUCUGAUGGGUGAGUAUGAGCCUGACUAUAUGCAAACGGAGCAUGCGCAGCAAGGCUACGACGAGGAGCCUUACCUGCCAACAGCACCUACCUCACCACCCCACUUCUUCGCGAGCCCGCUACCGGCAGUGCCGCUGCAGAGCCCACGCGAACAACCCCCUCUUCGGCCGGAACAGCCGAGUCAGAGACCACCCAGGCUUCCUCGAGUCGGAAGGAUCCCACAAGUGGUGCCGAGAGCUGAGAGAGAGCACAAGCCUAGCCGGUCGUCAUUUUCUCAGCCUUUUGCAAGAUCUUCAGCCCCUGAUAUUGUCAGUGAUCAGUCGGCAGUUGCUGAGCCGACCCAGACAUUAUCUUUCCAACCAAGGAUAGAUAUACUUCCGAGCACUACUUUCAAUCCUUUAGAAAGUGCAAAACCUGUUGCUGCUGCGCUUGGAGAGCCAGAAUUUCUGCGCUUUCCUUCAAGCCAGGCUUCCGAAACGUCUGCUUCCAGCAGUUCUGAGGGCGUAUUGAGCAUUCUUGGCCCACCACUGAUUCCAAUGCUGCAUACCGAAGAGUACAUUGCCAGACACGCUCGGCCGGCUGAUGCAUCCAUGCCUCAGAGUCUCACAACAGAUGAGGUCUGGAAUGAAUACGACGAUUUCAUUGACCAUGUCAUGUCACCCUCUGGGACAAGAAUGAGCGGCAACCGCUUCGCUGACAGGCAAGUUGCAGGUCUGCGGCCCAUUCACGGAUCGCAAGCAAAUUCCUCACCCACGGAAGCUCUACACGCAAGAAGCAAGAAGACCAAUGUCGAGCUCUCACGACCUGAGGUCCGUGGUGUGCAGAGGCCGCUAGUUCGGAAGCCAGUGAUGACAUUGAAACCAGCUACGGCUAUAGCUGACAAAGCUUCAACGCCAAUGCGAGUUGCUGCGGAAGACAUUAGACUGCGCAGGUCGAGGAUUGUCUCAGCCCUUCACCACUCAAUGGACCCGGCAUCACCACUGUCUAUCCGUGAUUUCCUCCGUGACUAUGAAACUGCUCAGAGAAAUAGCGCGAGUACGGCCGACCGCACGAGUAUUCCAGCUACCGCUUCCUCCUUAGAGCUCUUGCCAACAACAAAAGGCACUGCCGAGACGGAUAUUGGGCCCAGUCAUCAGGAGAAUGCCGAUCUCUUGGAUGUGGUUGCACGAAAUAAAGAUCCUGUUGGCCAGUCGGAACUACAUUAUGCCUCGUUGAUGGUCGCCAAGUGGCUUUCCUUUGGAAGGGUAUUGUUUUCUCCCGCACAUGACGAGAUUCACACUAUACCCGAACGACGUAUCCUUGUCAUCGACGGUCUAGGAAACGAGGACUGGGCCAUCUAUUGUGCUGUAAACUAUGAAGCACAAAAAGCAGUCGUCUAUGAUCUCAAGGAGAAAGCAAGCAAGAGAGCCUCCAAGGGGUCAAGGGUAUCAGAGAAUGGCGCGGGAAAUCAUCGUCGGGCGGAAAUAGCCAGCUUUCACGAGCGGUUUCCCUUCCCUUCUGCUUACUUCUGUGCCGUUGUGGUCCGAUUCCCGCCCGCUAUGGCGGAGGCAAAAAUGAAGAACAUCAUGUCUGAAUGCAGGCGAAUCUUGUUGCCUGGCGGAUACAUUGAACUCAUGCUUCUCGAUCUUGAUAUCGUCAACAUGGGUGUCCAGACUCGACGGGCUGUACGCGAGUUGAAAUUCAGAAUGACGACGGCCGACCGACAGAUCAGCCUAAGGCCUAUUAUUGACAAUGUCCAGAGCGUGCUCGGUGCUCGAGGAUUUUCCAACAUCAGUCGUUGCGUGGUGGGAGUGCCUGUGGCUGGCCGCCCGUCAAGGUCAACCGACUCGUCUUCAUCGUCUCGAUCUAGUGGUGGCUCAGAAGGAUUUACUCAACCUGGAUUAGGAGAUGCAAGACAAGUGACCGCGUCGCCUCGGAUGGCUUUUGGCCAAGGGAGGAAAGAGACCAAUCUUUCUCUGAAUGAUCUGAUUGCCGAUCACUCCGACGAUGCUGAUGCGAGGAUCAGUAAAAUUGUCUCCAGAACUGCCAGAACUUGGUGGCAACAUUGCUUUGAAGCGAGUGUGAUUUCUGACGGCAACCUUGCGAAGAGCAUCUUUGCGGACAAGAAUGUGUUGGGCGAAUGCAAGAGCCGAGGUUCGAGCUUCAAAAUGCUGAUUGCAUAUGCACAACGCCCUGUUUUUGAAGGGAGACGGCGGACGAUGAGCGAAUCCGCCGUUUCAACGCUGGCUACAGCUGGAGCUCACAGACAAGCCCAAGCAUCAUCCAGCGGAUCACGCACAGCGUGA